AUGGACAGUGAGCUAUUUUUUAAUUUAUUGAACAAGCAAGAUAAAUUCAAGAGUAUUAUUGUGAUUCUUGAUGAAUUAGACUCGUUAAUCACUCGAGAUCAACAGGUUUUGUUUGAAUUAUUCCAAGCAUCAAACAUCAUCAAUUCUCAUCGUUUAAAGACCAAGUUAGUUUUAAUUGGUAUUUCAAACACACUUGACUUGACUGAUAAGUUUUUACCUCGUUUGAUACGAAACAACUUGAGUCCAGAGACAUUACAAUUCCUACCUUACACUGCAGAUCAAAUUAAAGCUAUUAUAAUAUCACGGUUGAGAAGUUUGACUGGAAAUGAUUCAGAAUCAGAAAUUCCUAUAUUCCACCCGCUGGCCAUUCAAUUGUGUUCCAGGAAAAGUGCAAGCAUAUCAGGAGAUUUAAGAAAAGCAUUUGAUAUUUGUUACAAAAGUAUAGAAUUGGUGGAACGUAACCUUCCGCCAUUUCAAACAUUUACUGAUUUCAAUUCUACCAAUUAUCCAAAAGUAAUGAUUCCUCAUGUCGCAAAAGUUUGUACAUUGUCGUUUGACAACAAUUCGAUUGGAAAUUUGAAUCUUUUACAAAAAGCACUUUUGUGUCAUUUAUUCAAUUAUCAAUUGGAGAAUUUGGGACUGAGUGAUUUGUCUGUGAACUCAUUCUAUGACUACUAUAGAAAACAAUUAAACACCAAUAACCUAUUAGGAUUGUUAAAGAUCGGUGAGUUCAUUGAAAUUAUAUCCGCAUUGGAGAGUUCUGGUUGUAUUGUAGUCAAUGACAAAAGGAAAGGUGGUAGUGGCAUGGGCAAUAAAAUACUCAAGUUAAAUGUUGGUUAUGAUGACAUUGUGAAGAGCAUUGAGGAUGUUGGAUUGUUGAAAAAGUUGUUAAAAAGUAGUAAUUAG